CAUAGCCGAUGAACCGAAAUCACUGCCGAUAAGAUUAGAAAAUCGCAAAAAUCGCUCCCGAUUUUAUCGUUGAUUUAAGAAUCGCCCACCGCCAGUUAUCUUUCCACAGUCGAACGUCGAUAUCGGUACGGUAGGGAACGAAAUGUCGGACGCAACGCAGCCCAAACCCAUCUCUGCGAUGGUCACAUCCGAGGUGCAUCCGCCGGAGUGGGAAUCGCCGGAAGCCACCAGUGGAUCGUUCACGCUGAACCACGAAGCUGGGACCGUCGAGGAGGGUGCCAUCUCCGGCCAUGGAUCGUUUGUGCUGAGGGAAGAGGAACCGGUCAUUGUGGAUACGACAGCGGUAGCCGGCGGAGAUGGAUCGUUUGUGUUGAAGGAGGACGUCCCGAUUGUGUCCACCGAAGAAGGGGAUGGAUCUUUCGUUUUGAGAGAAGAUGUUCCGAUUGUUUCGACCGAGGAAGGUGAUGGAUCGUUCGUGCUCAGGGAAGAUGUUCCCAUCGUUUCUACGGAAGAAGGAGACGGGUCGUUUGUGUUGAGAGAGGACGUUCCGAUUGUGUCCACCGAAGACCAUGACGGAUCAUUUGUGCUGAAUGAAGAUGUUCCUAUUAUAGAUAAUGCACCGAUGGAAUUUCCCGCGUUCAUCGAAGAAUCGAUCGCCAGCAUAGCUCCACAGGAAGGCUUUACACCGGGAGAGUUUUCCAUUGCGAUCGAACGGGUCUCCGACUGCGAAGGAUUGAUUGGUGAGCUGCAUAAGGCUACCAUUACGGAGGGAGAACGUCAACUGGAUUUACUCUGUAAGAUACCACCUCUGGAUCCCAUGCGAAGGGAGCAGUUCAACUCGAUCGCGCUGUUCGACAGGGAAGUCAACGUGUACGCCAACCUACUGCCGGCUAUGUUUGAGUUCCAACGCGAGAAAGGCCUUACCGAGGAGCUCAACAGUGGGUUCUUCAAUGUCCCGAAGUGCUAUCUAACGCACUUCGAUGCAGACAACGAGCAGGCGCUGAUCUUGCUGGAAGAUUUACGCAACAGGGAAUUCUGCAUGUGGAACAAGUUGGAAUCGAUCAAUUAUGAACAUGCGAAGUUGCUGUUGAUCCAGUUGGGUCGGUUCCAUGGGCUUUCGUUGGCGAUGAAGGAGCAACGUCCCGAUCUUUUCGAACCGUUCAAAGUGCCGGACGUGAUGGUUACGGCUAUGGAACAGAACGAACAACUGAUGGGUAUGUUCAAUACUGCGUUGGAUGCUGCCAUCUCUGUGCUGGACCCAAGCGAGGAAAGAGCAUUGUUCAAGAUGGAAGGUUUGCGCAACGAGUUCUUCAGCACUCUGCAGAGCUGUGUAGAUCCAGAACGAGCGGAGCCAUUCGCCGUUCUGAAUCACGGGGACUGCUGGGUCAACAACCUAAUGUACGGGUAUCAGGACGGUGCACCCCGGGAGGUCCUCCUCUUGGACUGGCAGUUGGUCCGCUACGGAUCCCCAGUCCUCGAUCUACUGUACUUUAUAUUCUGCUGCACGGAUGAAGCGCUACGUGAGAGACAUUACGACGAAAUGAUCCGCAUCUACUACACUGCACUGAAGGACCUGCUGGAGAAGGUGGGAAGUGAGGCGAUGGAUCUGUUCCCGCUGACGGCCCUGCUGCGCCAGAUGAAGACGAUCGGAAGGUUCGCCGUCAUCAUGGCCGCCCUGGACGUUCCGAUUUUGUGUACCGAUCCGGCGAAGAUUCAGAGUCACGGUGACGCUGCCGCUGCUUUUGCUGCCUCGCCGGAGGCACAACGGCGCUACGGUUAUCGCAUGGGCGGCGUCAUUCGCGACGCGAUUAAGUAUGGAUAUUUGUAGAAAUAAAAAAUAAAUGGGACGAGUCUUACGUGGA